AAAUGUAUGAAAAUAUUUUGUAAUCUGUGGUUGGCCGUGAACAGUGAAUGUUAUCGUCCAUUCUUCUAAUGCCCGAUACCUUCUACAUAUUAUUAUAUCGCUUUAGUAACUCAAUUAUAGUAUUGUUUAUGUUUUUCUGUUGUUGGAUUUAGGUGCGAUUGAGAUUAUUUGAGAUUUUCAUUGGUUGGCCAUUCAUGAUGUCAUUUUGAUAAGGGCGUUGUUACGUAUAGUUUGCACGCGAUCUAUAUUUGGUGUUCCGCCGAUAAGGUGAAGGUUAAUGAGACAUUUACUUGUGUUUAUGAUAAAUUAAAUAAUUAUUGUUUUUGGAUUAACAAAAUGUUGCUUGUAGCAACACAACAAAGGUUGUUUUAUUCAUAUCAUUAAUCAGGUAGACUUAUUAUUAGGUUCUUCGUUAAUCUCAAAGGUUACUUGUAUCUUUCCUUAGUUACGUUUUAUUAUUAUUGGCAAACAGUAGAAAAUAUUUAUCUACCCCUGAGAAUAAAAGUACAGAAGUAUACCUUAUGUUAUCACAGUCCAUGAUUUGUAGUGGAAAUUUUAACCACUUAAUCCUUGUUGAAUCGGCCGUUAUCAUUGUUAUGGUGAAGAUAAUAAGUACUUACAAUCUUAGCUAAGCUAAUAGGUCGUAUUGUGAAAUUUAAGAUCAUAAUAUAGUGUGUGUUAUAAUGCCAGGUGAAGGAUUUACUGCUUCAUCAAUAUUUUUAUAGUUGCACAUAAAAUUUUAACUACGUAUCGUGUUCGAAAAUAUUUAUUGUUGGUAAACUACGUUCUAAUCCUAUCUAAAAGUUGUUUUAACGCACUUGCAUAAUCGUAUUGUACAUAAUACAGUUUCAUCGAAAUUAUAAACUAUCGGGUUGGAUCGAGUAAUUAGUUAAUUAUUUUAUUGUAGGUAAUCUGCAUCUUGUAUUAGAGUAGAAUUAGGAAAAUGUUCUUGUUACCAAAACAAGAUAAAAGUGACCCCGCCUAUGCAUUUUUGUAUUGUUUGUUAAUAAGAUUGCACUGUAGGUAAAUCACUAAUCGUUUUAUCUUAGUGACGUCAUAAAUACAUAUGCAAAAGCAAUCGAUCAAUCAAGGAGCGCAAUAAUACAAUAAGACGGACAAAGUUUUGCAAGUUACACUUUGCAAUAUGUCACAGAAUAGUAUAUACAGUUGUUAUCUUAUCUGUUAAGUAAUGUGGCCAGUAAUCUGUGCUCUAGAGAGGUAUUGGGAACCAUACGAUGUUGGUGUCAGGUGCGCGACGGACGUCGUACCCCGGCGCGGGAGCUCAUAGCUCCGAUCUAAGCUUUUCGAGUGCGAACUCUUCCCAAUUUGAGGAGUUGUUUGAGUAUAGCUUCGAUAAGGGUUUCGUGGUGGACAGCGGCGGCGGUGGCUCGGCCGAAGUAAUGGUGUACUCUCUCGGCUGGGGCAUGGGGGAGCCGGAGCGGCGCGGCGCGGACCGCAAGCGCGGCCAGCCGGCGCCGGUCACCGUGGUACACACACCGCUCUCGCCUGACGAAGGACAUGAAGUGGACGUUCUGCCCUUACACAAUCAGGUGGGGGGCCACACUAGACUGUUGGUGCUAAACGACAGUACCGUAAUCAAGCCGCUCAAUAUUCGCGAGUUGCAUUUCUACCAGAACAUUCCCGAAGACAUCCAGAACUUCGUACCCAGAUACAAAGGCGUGAUGCAGGCGUCUAACACUGGAGGGCCCAAAUUGGACAAGCGGUACUCGCCUUGUUUCCGUGACGAGAACGGGCGCAAGCAGUCGCUGGGCGGCAAGCGCAAGCGCGACGACGUGUUCAAAUUCAAGGUACAUCGAAAUGGAAAUGCAAGCGAGGUACUUAAAAGCAUUGCACACAUGGACAAUUCAAACAAGCAGUAUUUCUUAAUGAUGGAGAAUAUCACAUCUUCGUACCGGCGGCCGUGCGUGCUGGACCUGAAGAUGGGUACGCGGCAGCACGGCGACGACGCCACCGCGGAGAAGCGCAGCAAACAGAUCGCCAAGUGCGCCGCCAGCACCUCCGCCACGCUUGGGGUGCGGCUCUGUGGCAUGCAGGUGUACGUGCCCGAGACGGGAGCGUGCGUGCGGCGCGACAAGUACUGGGGCCGCGCGCUCACCGAGAGCGGGCUGCGCGAGGCGCUACGGGACUUCUUCGCGGCUGGAGCCGGCCUGCGCGCGCGCGUCGUGAGACAAGUACUGCGUGACCUCGACGCACUGCGCAGAGCCAUCGCCAAGCAAACUAGCUAUAGGUUCUACUCGUGCUCAUUGCUGAUAGUAUACGAAGGUGACGUGGAAACAGCGCUGGCCGAAGAGGCACGUGGCGUGACUACCGAGUACGACGCGGAUGCGUCCAGUAGUUCGGCGGAGUUGGCACCGUCGCCGGGCCACUUCGACAUGUCCACGUUGCACGACGAGAUCUCGACGGAGCCAGGCGCGCGCGAGCCUUUCCGGCCGCAUUCUGAGGAGACCAUGGGAGGCUACGAGGACGGGGAGGUGGCGGGUCAUUCUCCGCGCCGCCAGCCACCCAGCCCCGACUCGGCAGACAGCUGGAUGGCGUACUCGUCCACCAGCAGCGAGUCGUGGCGCGGCGAGGCCGAGGCCGAGCCUGAGCCGGCCAGCGGCAAGCGCGCGCGCACGUGGGCGCCGCGGCCCGCGCGCCCGCCGCCCGACGAGCGCGUCGACAUCCGCAUGAUCGACUUCGCGCACACGGCCUACGCGGGCGCCGCGGCCGAGUCACCGCUGGCCACCAGCACGCCGCACCACGGGCCCGACUGCGGCUUCCUCACCGGCAUCGACAGCCUCAAGCGACUUCUCACGGAGAUCCUGCCGCCGCAGCCCUACAGUUAAUGAGGCGCUAGUCGGCCCGAGGGGCCUUUUCCUAGAAAAAAACGUUAAAAAUUACCCUCCUUUCGGACGAAAUUCUGAGAGAGCUGUGAUCGCGUCGGACGCUGUGCCGUCGGGGCGGCGCCCUCGCGCUCGCCCCGCAGUGGAAAUCUUUCGGAAGUACGUUUUAGUUCGCCGAUGGUGAGUUUCGAUGUUGUUGAAAUGUAUAUUAUAUUUGAAUGUAAAAACUAUUUUCCUCAAAAAUUUACCGUUCGACUGAUGUAAUUUUAAAAGUAGACAAAUUACUAACAUGUCGCUGUGUAUUUACAUAAAAAGGACAUACGCAGGGUAUUUUCCAUUUGUACGUUUCGUGGCUGAGUGAGCGCGCGAAUUUAAGUAACGAUUCUUUUUAUGUAAUUGCAUAGUGAUUUAUUGCACUUAGUGAAUGUUGGCGGUACAAACUAUGUUAAUUUAAUGUUUAAAACUAUUAUAAUUUGAUGUGGGACCCAGUAGGUAUUCUUAAAAUGUGUAUUUGUAAGUAUUACUGUUAAGUUAUUCCAGAUUGACGUGCUUUGAGUUGUUCUCCUAGCUUAUAAUUGAUUUCUGUAUGAGUGCUGAUCAAUGUGAUUACCUGUAAAUUGACAUUAGACAUUCCCUGUCUGUAGUGGUGGGCGUGUUGUAACGUUGUAACAGUAACACACGGCACUCUAGCCACGUGUCCCUCUCAACACUCUCGCUUUAGAUUUGAUGUUUUCAUGUAACAGUGUAUUACUGGUUUAGGCACAGGUGUGGAUUAAUCAACCCAGUCAGUUAGUAAUGCCAAAAUAAUAUCGUAAUAUUUAUAAAGACCAUAGCAUGGUUUCCAUAGUAGACAAUGUAAAUUUAUUAUAUUGCUGUUUAGAUUUUAAAUAGUUGGUUAAGUGUCGAUUCAAAGUUUGUGAGUUAUUGAAAUCAUUUGACAAUUGUUAUGUGACUUGCGUUAUAAUGUACAUUAUAUUAUUUAGUUGAACAUCUUGUGAAUGUCACGAGCAUGUGGUGCACAUCUCGGACAAUAUGAAGUAAAGAUAUUUCCGCCAACAGUAUUAUAAUGUUGUAGCUGCCAGUUAGUAAGCGUGCCCAUUGUGACCAACGACCAUAUUGAUCGGUUGCGGUAUGAGAGACGUUUGUGGAUGUGUUCUGCAUGUGGCCGUAUUGCGUGUUACGGUGCCAGUUCGUAAUUACGAUGCCGGAGGUUAUAAAUGAAUCUAGAAUGAGUAUUCAAAGUGGGUCAGUGUAUCGGCUAGUUUAGCGCACUGCCGACGGAUGUGUGCACUAGCGACACUAGUUAGCCAACAUUCCUUCGUGCUGCAUUCGUCAUUGUUUGUCCUUUUACUUUAUUAUUUUUAUUAGUGGGAUAAAUUUUUGAAAAGUACCUGGUUUAAUUAGGAUGCUAGGUUGUAUUGCAUAUUAUCAUUUAUGUCUGUUAUUUUAAAUAACUGUAUGACACUAUUUUGUUAAAUAAAUUUUAGGUAUUAAAUAUUUUGUUAUU